AUGCAGACUGGCUCGCUUGUUACCAUUGCUCUCGGCCUCGCUUCAGCGGCCGUGGCCGCACCUCCUCCGUGGGCCCCUGCCUGGGGAUACUCCUCUCAGUCGUCCUCUGUUGUGCCUACGAGCUCGGUGGUCUCUUCAACUCCGGUGCCCACCGUGAGCGUGACUCCCUCGGGUUUCACUUCCUCUCCGCUUCCCUCCGGAACCCCUACUACCCCAUGCCCCUACCCAUCUGGAUUCCCUCUUCCAUCUGAUGCCCCGUUCUCUGUUCCCCCUCCUUUCCAGGGCAGCGCUGCCUGCCCUCCCUGGGGUCCUCCAUCCUCGACUGCCCUUCCCUCUCAGUAA